AUGCUGUCGAGAGACCUGGGGAGGCUGAGAGUGGAGGUGACUGCUCUUUUGGAGGUGAGCAGACCUGACAGCAGCACGAUCAGUCCCUCGGUAGUAGAGGUUACUCGAGUCAUUGAGUAUAUAAUGGUACUGAUACUGAAGCUAUCAUUUGGCUUCAUGUCUCUUAUUGCUGUGUACACUCCUACCGAUAUUUGUAAACUCGACAUAAACUAUGCCAAACUAGCAUCUUUGACCAAGUUCUUUGGUACUGACCAUAGAUUGGUUGACUACUUCUGGGUCCACCUCAAAACUCCCCAGCCUGCCAAUGAUCACCCUAGGGCGUUUCAUUUGGACAAGCUGAUGAAGAGGGAAUGUGCCCAGGGGUUUGCUGAGGCAAACUCUGCCAGACGCCCAACAAAAGGUUCCAAGAUAGCCUGUGAUGCUGCAGAUGCCGAAACUGCAGUUCUCGAGAAGAAAAGUGACAACUUUGAGAUGCAUAACAAGCGAGGUGUAAAGCCAGUAGAACGCCUGUGGAACUACUUGGUGCGACAAGAACAUGUCCAGGAAGUCUUUGUCAGAUAUAUCUUUGGACGAAAGAGACCAGCACCAGAGCCUACACAGUAUUCUGAUCAUGGGGAUGAUGAUAUGAGUGAUGUUGUAGAUGGUAUAGAUGGUUCAGGAACUGGUGAAGGAGGAUCAGAAAUGGGCGUUGAGAGCCACCAUGAACCUUCAGAGCAUGGUGGUCCACCAUCAGAGACGACGGUGCAGUCUCUGGAGCCUGUGCGAAUUAUCCACAAAGAACAGGAUUCCAUUACAUCUUUCUGUAUAAAUGGGCUUCUCCAGCUCCAGUCAGUGCCAAAGCAACUGCACUCACAGCGCUUGAUGCGUAAACAUGUCAGAGGGAAGGUGAAUCCAGGACUAAUGGCGAUAGCAACAGUGAGAGAGGUGCAGGAGCUGGAUGUAUCGCUCUUGUUAGACCAUCCUGGCUGGCUCACCAAUGAAUGUGAACUGGAUGUUUUGGCUCUCAACAAAGAACCAGACACAGUACCAUCCUCAAACUUCUUGGUUGUGCAGACUCCCAUGGACAAGAAUAUUCUAGAAUCUGGUCGGGGAGGGCUGGACGGAAACUUGUCCUCAUCAUCUAGUAUAAACUUCGGUGGUAUGGGUUCAUCUCCAAUGGGACAAACGGGCCGGGGUACCAGUGUG